AUUUCUCUGGUCGGAUCGGCCAAUUUCAAAUAAAAAAAUACUAACAUUUCCCCGUAAAAUGGCGUUCAGCUUGGCCGCUUUUGCCUAUAUUUGUGCAUUAAUUCUAGACGCAUUUUUAAUAUUUUUCGCCAUUUAUCACGUCAUUGCAUUUGAUGAGCUUAAGACGGAGUAUAAAAAUCCGAUUGAACAGUGUAAUAGUCUCAACGGACUUGUGCUUCCGGAGUACGUUCUACACAUCUUAAUCAAUAUAUUAUUUUUAAUCAGUGGGGAGUGGUUUUCGAUACUUCUCAAUGCUCCCCUCGUAGCGUACCAUAUAAACAGAUAUUGGACAAGACCGGUAAUGACUGGCCCUGGGCUUUACGAUGCCACAAGCAUAUUGAACGCCAACAAUUUGUCGAGAUGUCAACAAGAGGGUUGGGUCAAACUUGCCUUCUACCUUUUAUCUUUCUUCUAUUAUCUGUAUGGAAUGAUUAGUUCGCUUAUCCAUUAAUGACAUUUCUUCCCCACUGUACUGCCAGUGGUUGAGUGACACAAGAUUCAAAAUAUAAACUGUAAUUACAUGAUUUAUCUUCCAAGUUCAUAAUUUUUUAAUUUUAUUUUAACUCACACAUUCAUAUGCUUUUUAUAAAAUGUCAUAAAUUUUCAUCUUUCUUUAAUUUUUUAAAUAGUGAAAAUUAUAGGAAAUUUAAGGAUAAAGGAAGAUUAUGUUAUCGUUAAUAUUAAGUCAAUACUUUCCAAAAAUAAAUAAGCAAAUAAUAAAUUUA